AACCUGAAGAACCAGAUAAUGACGACGAACCUUUGGGUUGAACAGUAUUGGUACGAUUACAAGCUCAACUGGGACCCAAAUGAAUAUGGAGGAGUGGAGAUGCUUCACGUUCCUUCUGACCACAUCUGGAGACCGGACAUUGUACUCUACAACAAUGCUGACGGCAACUUCGAGGUGACCCUUUCCACCAAGGCGACGCUCAGUUACAACGGCUUGGUGGAAUGGAAACCGCCCGCCAUUUACAAGUCCUCGUGUGAGAUCGACGUCGAGUAUUUUCCCUUCGAUGAGCAGACGUGCGUCAUGAAGUUCGGCUCUUGGACCUACGACGGGUUUCAGGUGGACCUCCGGCACGUGGACGAGGUCCAGGGGACGAACGUGGUGACGCUGGGCGUGGACCUCUCCGAAUUCUACAUGUCGGUCGAGUGGGACAUCCUGGAGGUCCCUGCUGUUAGGCACGAAAAGUUCUACACUUGCUGCGAUGAACCUUACCUGGACAUCACUUUUAACAUCACGAUGCGGAGGAAAACUCUCUUCUACACCGUCAACCUCAUCAUCCCUUGCAUGGGAAUCUCCUUCCUUACCGUGCUAACGUUCUAUCUCCCGUCUGACUCCGGUGAGAAGCGGGGAACCCAAAACAAUUUCCCCGGGGCCCCUCAGACACCCAUCCCGGGUUUAGAGAAAAGGGAUAUUUUUGUGACUCCGGGUUCCCAGGGCAUUGACAACAAAAGUCCCCUGCCCGCUCCCCAAAAUGCGGCUCCCUUGUCCCCCCGCAAAAAUUUUAGGGGCCCUAUGGUUUUUCUAUGGGAAUUUUAA